AUGGAAUACGCAAGUGAAUGGGAAGGAUCGCCAUGGGUGCUGGAUGAAGAGCAGAGUCUGAAGGUCAUUAAAGCGGCCUGGGACGGCGGUAUCAAUACAUGGGACACCGCGGAUACCUACUCCAACGGUAAAUCAGAGAUCGUACUGGGAAAAGCGUUGAAGAAGUUCAACAUCCCAAGGAGCAAAGUAGUCAUCAUGACAAAAAUAUUCAACCCCGUCAUGGAUGGUAACUCACGACCAGCUUCGAUUAAUGACGGCCCUUUGGUGAAUCAAAUGGGCUUGAGCCGGAAACACGUCUUUGAGGCUGUUGAUCGAUGCUUAGAGCGGCUUGGCACAGACUAUAUCGACGUGCUUCAGAUCCAUAGACUCGAUCGUGAGACAGAACCCGAAGAGAUCAUGAGAGCUCUGCAUGAGGUUGUCACCAGCGGAAAAGUUCGUUACAUUGGAGCUUCCAGCAUGUACACAUGGGAGUUUGCCCGCCUGCAGUACACCGCGAAGCUCCACGACUGGACUGAGUUCAUCAGCAUGCAGCCUUUCUACAACCUGCUCUAUAGGGAAGAAGAGCGGGAGAUGCUUCCUUUCUGCCGCGCCACUGGCGUCGGUGUUAUCCCAUGGAGCCCCUUGGCUAGGGGCAUGUUGGCCAAACCAGUCAGUAAGGAUGGGGACGAUGCGCAGAAGUCAGUAAGAAGCAACACGGACUCCAAAACACAGAAGUGGUUCGCAGGUGCAAACCUGGACAUCGUGGAUGCGGUGGAAGCGGUGGCGAAGAAGAAAGGUGUUACCAUGCCUUUGGUUGCUACGGCGUGGGUUUUGCACAAAGGAUGCUCGCCGAUUGUUGGCCUGAGCAGCGAGAAGAGAGUGAAGGAGGCUAUUGAUGCCCUGAAAGUGAAGCUUACGGAUGAGGAGAUACAAUCUUUAGAAGCCGGCUAUAGGCCUCGCAAUAUUGAAGGGAUGUAG